CCCACACAUUUCCCUGCAAUGUGUGUGCGUGGUGCAUCCGAGACGGAACAGUUAUAAUAUUCCUGAGAGCGGUUUGCCGGCAAUUUUUCAGCCGCGCACUAGCUCUCGUCGCGAACGCGUCGCCGAAUUGAGCAAAGGAGAUGCUGAGGCCGGUGGUGCUGUUGGUGCUGGUUGGAGUGCUGCGUCAGGUGGUUCACGCUGCUCCACCCAACUCGAAAAGUCGUUCCAUCCUGCUGAUCUCACCUCAGUGGCCGAUGUUCAUGCCGGUGCAGCAGCCGCCCCCAACCGAGUACGGCCCCCAGUCGAGGUCGCCGGAGGCCCAGCCAGGCCCCAUGAGACGCCGUCAGCAGCAGAUGCAGGCCUUCUACCCGGUUUCCAUAACGUUGUUCGAUCCCAGCAGCCGACAGGUGGCAGGGACGAUCCAGGGCUACGUGACCCAAGCGGUCGGCUUUUUGACCAACAGGGUGACGUCCGCCGUGACUGGCGCCCUCCCAACGUUGCCGAUCACCGUCAACGUGCCCGACUUGUUCACGGGGGUGGCUAACAGGGUGACGGCGGCCUCGGAGGUCGUGCAGACAGCCUGGCAGAACCGACCUGGCAACAACCCUACGGCCAUUGAUCCGCUGCCCGACCGACUACCCAACCCUGACGAUGAAUUCAUUCUCUGAAAUUGCAAAUCCUUCAUGCAGUUUUCGUUUGAUGCCUUUUUUGUUGCACCUGUUUUGAGAAAAAAUGCCAAAAACUAAAAUCUAAUCGACCGGUUAGCGACUUGAUAUUUUAAGGCGUCUAAGCAUCUUCAUUGGACAGGUGGUGUUAUUUCUUUUGUCAACCAAAACUAGUUAUGUAAUAAUUUAUUAUAAAAUUAAUAAUGUGCCACGUCAAAGCUAACAUUUAUAAACAUAUUUCUAAAUUAUAAAAGGUUCUCAAUCCCAUAA